AGUUCAGUCGUAUUGGAAUUUCCUGCGGUAGUAACGCGUUGUGGUAACUCGAAAACCUAAAUAAAACAUGUUUAUGCGUUAAAAUAUUUUCAUUAAUGAAAAUGUGAAUAGUUUUGUUUUCUACUGCUACUGGGAUCUUAGAAUAUCGUAUUGGAUGGAGAAUAAAAGAAUGGAAACAAGAUAAGCAUCAGUCACAAUGACUUUACUGCUUCACGACUACUGUGACCUAGAGGAGCGUGCUUCAAGGCAUCUUAACGUUUGGAAAGCAUGGCACCUCAUACUUUAUGCAAUGGCAGGAAUCUUCGGUAUUAUGAACUAUGUGUUCCUGCGAAACACCAUGGAACUAGUUGAUAACCACUGCGUGCUCUUCCCACGAGAAUUGGCCUUCCGUUCCAUCGAACUACCCGUGCCAACAAACAUUAGCUCAAUAAAUGAUACAGUUUUGGCUAACAGUGAUGUUACAACUGAAAAUGUAAAAGAUGCUCAAAAUGUACCCGUCCAAGGUGCCGUGACCAAUGAUGGAGACAAAAAUGACACAUUAACUAAACGAGACGUGACCAAUUUGAACAACACGAGACAAAAUGACACUGAUGCUGAAGUUAACGAGAGUGACGUCAAUUUCAUUUCUGCAAAUGAAAGUCACCGCCUAGUGCUGGACACGUCGCGCACCAUCUUCGGAUGGGACUCGGACUGCCAGUACGCGGAGUACAUGCCUAUCAUGUCGAUGAUAUUCGCGGCGGUGUGGGCGACCUUCUUCACCAUGUGCCCGGGAGGUGGAUACUCCAGAUCUGGGCUGCAGCAGCCGUGGCGUAUCCUGACGCCGGCGCUGCUGUUCGCGCUGGUGGCAGUGGGGCUGACGGGCCACAGCUUCACGCGCACCAACAGCGGCCUGCACCUCUUCUGCGCCGCCUUCCACAACCUCACCAACACCACCACGUGCUCGUCCGUGGGCCCGUACCUGGAGCGCUCGGUGAACGUGUCGUGGAGCUUCGGCGGGCGGGCGGCGGCGGCGCGCGCGGCCAGUGCCGGCGCCUGGGCCAGCUGGGCGUGCGCCGCCGCGCUGCUGCUCGCGCGCUGCCUCGCCGCACCCGACUUCCAGCCCAGACGCACGGGUGUCUACCUCAAGGACCCGCAGCAGAUUCUCACACCGUACGUGAAAAAGUCAUCGCGCCGCAUUCCACGUAGCAAGUCGAACAACAGUUCGCCGACUAAACGUGAAACAGCUUCCAUCAGAUCUGAGCCCACCGCGACCACCGAGCUAGUCACAGCGUCGGUGGAACACGGACAGGACACUGCACCCACCACUCCACAAUUUUCACCCAUUAAGAAAUUCGACAAAGAUGAUAUUGAGAUGACGAUUACAUCUAACAAAUAGAAUAUGAUGUCUGAAAAAUAUUUUCGAUUUAAAUGAUCUCCGUUAACUUUACUAUGGCCUUUUACAAUUUUGUAGCAGAAGCAUUAUUUGGAAAAUAAUUAAAAUUAAGCAUAUAUUUAUAAGUAUUUUUUCGUUAUCAAUGAUAUAUUUGGGAGAAGAUAACAGCAAAAAAUAGGGAUACACCGCUGACACACAAUUACAUAAGGGGGUUUUAAAUAAAUAUGAUGAGGCUUGUGCUGUUCACAGACAACGUAAUCAGUAAUAACUGUUACUUACUCAUAUUUACUUCCAUCUAAAUCGAUGUUUCCACAGACAUAGUUUAUAUUUUAAAUCGUCAGCUAUUCGGUAAUGCGCAUUGUGCAUGAAAUAAAUAAUGAGUGUACCUAUCUGGAAUUUAUUUUAAGAGAAAAGUCAAAAAAUGACGCAUUUAAAUUAUACCUAAUUCUAAGUAAGUUAACUUUAUAGUGUUGAUUUUCUUAAUAAUAUAUUGUGUUUAUAAAUAAAUAAUUUGAAUAGUUA